AAAUCAAUUACGAAAUUUGUGGCAAACAAGAAAGGUUUAUAAUUUGUUAGCGCAACGUUAAAAAGUGUGAAAAUUACUAAUAAUAGUAUACAUGUUCAUACAUACAUAUAAUAUAUACUUAUUUAAGAAUCGUGUUGUGCGAAAAAUCGAUCAAAACAGUGAAUAUUAUACAAAAGCACUAGCAAAUUCUGUUGCUUCUAUCCUACGCACAGUUAGGCAGCAAAAACAAGUGCAACAAUUAUGACUACAACAAUAUUGUGCAUUUCUCACCUACAAACUAUGUACGAGUAUGAGCGAGUUGAAUUAAAAUCGAUUUAUUAAACUCAGUGCAGUGAAAGCUAAUCAUAGGAGGUGAAGUGAAAUCGCACUUCGUGACAUAUAAACCAAAUAAUGAAAAAAAAAUAAAAAUAAAAAAUAAAAACAUUAAUGGGCCUUAAAUUAUGCAGCUGUUCAAACACAAUUUUCAAAUUAGCUUCAUAAACACAACAAAGCAAUCAUCAAAGGUAAACUUCAGAGAGCAACUAAAUAUUUUGGAAACAAUGACGCGCACAGCCUAGCAGUAAUUCAUGGCACACACUGUACAAACAUACAUACAUAUAUAGUAUGUGUUAAAAGGACUAAAUAUAAGCACAAUCUAGUUAAAACUUAAAGUGACUACCUGCAAAAAAUUAUAAAUUAGUAAAAAAAUUACCCGUGUUAAGAUAUGUAAAACAAAAUAAAAUAAAUGAAAAUAAAAUAAAGUUAUUACACUUAAGGAGUGUGCGGGUGAAAAGCGUAUGACAGCCGUAGCCACCUCCCUACGCCUACAAAAGUUUCAACCACUCGCAAAUUGGUGGGGCUAAAUUUCGGCCAAAUGCACUAAACCUAUUGUAUAGUAAUCGACCGCGAAAGCGAACGCUGCUAACGAGCCACACAAGGCCGUGCAAAUAAUGACAAUUCAUAUACCUAAGUAAUUACAAAUAUAUAUAUACAAGCUGUUUACCUAUAAAUAUAUGCACAACGAAAGUUGUCACUGCACCAAACAUAAAAUUAACAACAACGCGCCAAGCAGCUAUACAUUUGCAAGCCGAUCACUUGGCUACAGACUCCAUUUGGUGUUCGUUCGCCUUUUCACGAUGACCUCGUACAUAGAGUUGCUUGUAUUGUUUUUGCUACUACUCUUACCAUUUCCGUUCUUCUACGAGAAUAGUCAUAUUUUUCGUUACUACUUCAAAUUUUUCAUCUACUACGGCAUUGUGUCCUUCAAUUCCAUCAUCCUGAUACCGGCAUUCCUGCUGCGACCGUUCGAUGUGCGAAAUUUGCUUUGGGCGAGCACUUUUUGCCAUCGCGUCUCAACCUUGAUUGGCCUACGCUGGGAGCUGCGUGGGAAAGAACAUCUGGAAAAGGAUCAGGCUUGCAUAAUUGUGGCGAAUCAUCAGAGCUCAUUGGAUAUACUGGGUAUGUUCGAAAUCUGGCACGUAAUGAAUAAAUGCACAGUGGUAGCCAAACGUGAACUCUUCUAUGCUUGGCCCUUCGGUUUGGCCGCCUGGCUGGCCGGUCUUAUUUUUAUUGAUCGUGUGCGUGGCGAAAAGGCACGCGAUACACUCAACGCUGUGAAUACUCGUGUGAAGAUGGAGCGUAUCAAAUUGUGGGUAUAUCCCGAAGGUACACGCCGGAACACUGGUGAAUUGCAUCCCUUCAAGAAAGGCGCCUUUCACAUGGCCAUCGAUGAGCAAAUACCCAUAAUGCCGGUAGUCUUCAGUUCGUAUUGUAGUUUUCUCAAUGAUAAAAUGAAAAUUUUAAAUGCGGGCAAUAUAAUUGUGACCGCUUUGCCGCCAAUCAACACGACAAAUCUAACAAAGGACGAUCUACCCGAGCUAAUGGAGCGCGUACACCGGCAAAUGGCGUUAACCUUAAAACAAACCUCGGCCGAAGUGUUGGCGCGUUACAAGACGAUCAAGCAAUCGCCCUUAAAUGCAACGUCGUCCAGCAGCACGGGCGAAAGUCUCAGUAGCAAUACAAACGGUAGUAGUAGCGGUAGCAGUAGUAGUAGUGUUACUGUUGGUAUGCAGUCUAAAAAGCAUACAAUAAUUCAUGCAACACCUACUGUUGCGACGACGGCUGCGGCGGCUGGUUCAUUGCAGCACCGUUUGCCAUGCGAUACUAUCGUUGCGGCCGCGGCGGCGACGGAGGAGUACAAGUGUAGUAGUAAGCAAAAAGCAACUGCGCUAGAGACGACACAUUAGGAGCGACACAUUAGGCAAAAUAAGAGAGUAUACAAAUUAGGUGUCAGUGGUAAACGCACACCCACAUACGCACACACGCAAUUUUUGCAGACUUUUUAACAGCAACAGUAUUAAAGUCGUUUAGCUUACUAAUGUAAACAAAUAAACCGGGUGUAUUAUUUGUGCUUUCACGAAAUGACAUUCUAACAGCACAUUCUAUAUGUACAUACGAGUAUAUCUGUGUGGAAAGGCCCUAAAUCAUAUUUUUACCAAAUUGAGUUUUUAACACAGCUUUUAAUACACCUUCACCAAAAAAGUAUGGCAUUACCAUGGAACGUUAAUAUAAGCAUUGAAAACAAAUGAACUCAUUAGAUUUAAGCUGCGGUUAGUGUUGCCGUAGCUUAGCCGUAACCGUAACCAUAGUAAUCAGAUGUUCUGUUCAAACAUAUGGCCAUCACUGUAAAUGAUUAUAGGUGCCGAACCAUAACGCCGUAACCAUAACUUUGGCCGUAGGUAUCUAUUAAAUUUCGAUUUUCCCCCUUAAGCAGCUGUGAAAUACUUUACAUUUGCUUUGAUAUUUGCGAUAAAAAUUUGAAUAUUAGAAAUGAACGACGAAAAUCGAAUUGAUUUAGUGCAAAAUUAUCCGUGUUUUUAUGACAAAAAUGUUGUUGUUGUUCUUGUAGCAGCAGAAACAUUCUCCGUAAAUGUACGGGAAAUGCUGCUGGAGUGGCAGUCGUUGGCCGGAUGAAAAUCCGGGUCGUUCCAGUAACGUAGAACCGACCGACGUGGGAACGUUUCGGUUGAAAUUUUGACAGAUCAACAACUUAAAAAUAGCGAAACGCACUAAGAAGGUAGGAAACGUGGGUAAAUAUGUUACCCGUUAUGGUGCUUCGCUUCGUAAAAUGCAAAUGUUGUCAUUAAUUCUACUUAUAUAUUUGCUGUUUAUGGUUCCGGCAUGACGAAUCGACAAAUGCACUAAUGUUGCGGCUAUGGCGUUAUGGCUACGGCACCACUAAUUGCAGCCUUAUUCCUGUUCCGCUCAAAUUUACUUGCACUUAUUUUUCUUCUCCUUAGUUAGGGCCUUUCUACAAAAAAUAUUACGAAAUACACAAGGUGGUACAAAAUUAAUCAUCCAAGUUUGUUUUUGAAUAACUUUUUUGCUCAAUAAGAACAAAUUAUUUUCGGUGAUGGAUAUCUUUAUUUUGAACUUUACGCACUCCUUUGCCUGUAUGUUUGUAUACUGCAGCUGCCUAGUUCAGGAUGAUUAAUUUUGUGCCACAUUGUACAUACUAUGUCCAUGAAUAAGACAAACUCACUCGUUUAAUAAUGUAUAUGUAUAAUUUGAAACGAAACCUUCAUUGUUUUUUUUUUAAUUUAGUUAGCCAAGAGCGUAGCAAUUUUUUGGCAAUUAAUAUUUUUGCAUAGAUUUAAGCGUUUAUGUAAAAUUAAGCCGACGAAAUUUGUAGUUAUACACAUACAUAUAUAUAACAAGUGAAUUGCAAGUGAAAACGUGAUGAAUUUUAUGUAUUUGAAAUAUCUCAUUUAAUCUACAAAUGCAUAAUCAACUAACGGCAGUAGUUUAAGCAAAUUUUAACAACUGGACCUUACACGUUAAAUGUAGAUGCUUCGAGAUGAUUAAGUUAACGAAAUGAUAUUUUAAUGAGGUAUUAAUUAAAGUAAUAUAAUUUAUUAUUGU